AUGGCCACAGGAAGAGUCUUGCUAGGCUCUCUGCUUCUCCUGAUCCUCCACUUGGACCUUGGUGGAAGCCGGGGUGCCUGGGAGGCUCUGGUGGUGGAGAGAGAGCUCUCAUUUCAGCCAGCGAUGGACAGAGAGACCCAGAGGCCACAACCGGGUAAGGACUCCCGGAACCCCGUGCGCUCCCCAACUCCUUUCUGCCCAGACCCUGCCUGCUGUCAGCUGCCCCUUGUCCCUGCAGGAGCCCGCCUGCGCCGAUCGCUGACCAGCCCGUGCCAGCUGUGGAGCCUGUCCUUGCCUGUGGCUGAGCUGGGCCUGGGCUACAUGUCGGAGGAGACGGUCAUCUUCCGCUACUGCGCUGGCAGUUGUCCUCGCGGUGCCCGCACCCAACACAGCCUGACGCUGGCCCGACUGCGGGGUCAGGGCCGAGCCCAUGGAGGACCCUGCUGCCGGCCCACCCGCUACGCCGACGUGACCUUUCUCGAUGACCGCCACCGCUGGCAGCGGCUGCCCCAGCUCUCAGCAGCGGCCUGUGGCUGCGGUGGCUAA